AUGGAAGAAUCACCACAAAGCAAUAACAUAGAACUAAACGACGAGACUGAUACUGAUCGAGAUGAUCGAGACGAGAUUAUGUGUAAAAAUACACCACGAGAAGCGCGUUUCAAGCCACAUUCAAAAAAGCUUGAACUUGACAUCCCGUUACAAACUACCUCCCAAUGGUAUGAUCGGGACAGAGGUGCAGAAUUGGCGUUGGGACUUAAUGAUAAAGAAGCUCGAACUAUUUACGAUCGUACAUGGAGACUUGAUCCAUACGAUGGAUUAUUAGAUAAACAGACAUUGCAGUCGACAAUUGUCCCACCACAAGCAACUUAUUGGAUGGGAACAAUGAAACAAAACGCUCUUCACUUAACACCCGUUCAUGAAACAUUACAAUUACGCCCAGGAUUGAAAUAUCAUGAUAAGAUUGAUGAAAAAAACAGAAAUGCCAAUAAGAAAGCACAAGCUCUAGAAGAAGAAGACAGUAUUAGUGAAUUAAAAAGUGCUAGAAUGGCGUCUGAUGAUCAAAGUGUCGUUUCCAGCAAACUCAGGGGACCUGGAAAGGGAAAGCUUCCUAUGAAUUCUAUUACAGAUAAAAGCACAGAUAAAUCAUUGCUUAAAAAAAACACCCGUCCAAAAUUACAACGAUUAGGGGAGGAAGAAUCAUGGAUUAAAAUGAGAUAUUAUGAUGUUGAA